GGCACAAGAAAAGGGAUUCCAUACCAAUCCUGCCGCGAAAUCCUUGUCUUUGUCGCGCGCCUAAUCCAGUACGGCCGCUCUCGCUCACCGGGGGAUCCGCCCGCCGGCCAUGACGAGCGCCUCCGAGCUCUUCACCACCCGCCGCGCCCGCGCGCCGCGCCUCUCCGAGCCGGACCCGGGCCCGGAUCCGCACGCCGACGGGCCGCACGACCCGCACGGCCUCGGCGGGCGCCGGCGCCGACGCGGCUGCCGCUCGCGCCGCCCGCUCGACGCCGCGGGGGACGUGCGCCAGCACCUCCACACCGGGGCCCCGCCCUCGCGCCGACGCGGCUCCUACACGGACCGUAUAUUAUCGUACAUAGACAAUAACAACAUCGGGGAUUCUGCAGCUACGAGGAACCGACUUGAUAGGCUGAUGUUCAGGACGAAUGAGCGGCUGCCUGGCGCUGUACUGCAAGCACAAGCACGUGUUCUAGAGAGGCUAAGAGGCGUUUCUAUUGGCUCAUCUGCCUCCAGGCCAUCGAUCACAUUAGAUGAAUUUUCCGCUACGGAUGUGUUCAGAAUCAUGGACUUCGGAAGCAGGGAAGCCCCAUAUGAGGCAAAUUGGCCUACCUCAUCAUCCGUCCAGCUCAGCAGCGGCGAGGAUGAAGAAAGCCCGUCAGUCGCUUCUACUACUUUGAACAGGACACGUGGACUAAGCAAGAGGUCCUUCCUUAGGCUACAGAUAGAGAUAUUUGAGGCUAAGAAAGAUGAUAACAGGGAGGCAUCGCCUGAAUGCUCGAUUUGCCUCGAUGGUUUCUACGACGGAGAUGAGCUGAUAAGGCUGCGAUGCGGGCACAGGUUCCACUCAACCUGCUUGGAGCCGUGGGUGCGGAAAUGUGCAGAUUGCCCAUACUGUCGAACAAACAUACGGUCGCGCUCUUGACAACAAAUCAUCAGUUCGGAACCGCCACUUUGAGUAGGACUAUAACUAGACAAUGAUGUGUUGUUGUAACUCGAUGUUUUGUGCAUGUCUAUUGCACCGGGCCUGCUAUGUAGUAUUAUAUUUAACUUGUAUACGGAUAUUUUGUGUGGAUGAGGGCUGAUAGUUUAUAGCAACCACGGUUGCCUGUA